UUUAUUAAUAAAUCAGUUCUUAAAUAAAUCAGCUUAUAUGUUAGUAUUUACGUUAAGUAAUUUGUUAUAUGUCUGUCGUGUAAACCCAGUAAUUGUGAUUGUUGAUGUUGACGUCGCCAGUUGGAAAACAUGAGCGCAACACAAGAAGAUCAGGAUCGCAUUCAAAAGCGAGUAAAUAAGAUACUGGAGACGCGUCUGGAAACAGACAAGGACACGCUCGAUGCCCUAAAUGGACUGUCCACAUUUUUCACCGAAAAUACGCUACAAAAUCGACGCAAUCUGCGUAGCCAAAUCGAGCAUCGAUCCGUUGGCAUCAAUGAAAACUUUUUAAAGGCCUUUCGUGAGGUGAAACUGACACUGGAUGCAGUCUGCGGGGAUCUGGAUACCAUGGCCACGUCGGUGCAGACCAUGAAGACGGACCUGGAAACAUCCAAGGCCUUGACCAAGGAUCUGAUAGAGCAGACAAAUAAAAUGCAGGAGGAACGCGAGCGAUUGGAGGUGCAUCAACAAAUCGCACAAGCGUUUUUGGCGCGCUUUCAGCUCAGCGUGCCGGAGCAUCAGCUGCUCUACGGCACCGCCAAGGAUGCACCCAUUGUGCCCGAGUUCUUCAAGGUGCUCGAUCGGGUGCAGUCCAUACAUUCCGAUUGCCGGCUGUUGAUGCAGUGCGGCUAUCAAACCGCUGCCCUGGACAUCAUGGAGGAGAUGACGCUGCAUCAGGAGGGCGCACUGGAACGCCUCUAUCGCUGGACCCAAAACCACUGUCGCAAUCUCGAGAACAACGAGAUCGGCCCACUGAUUGUCGAGGCCAUGAGUCGCCUGCAGGACAGACCGGUGCUCUUCAAGUACGUCAUCGAUGAGUAUGCGAUUGCACGACGAGCUGUCCUCGUGCGACAGUUUAUUGAGGCGCUAACCGAGGGCGGACACGGCGGCAAUCCCAAACCCAUUGAGCUGCAUGCUCACGAUCCCAAACGCUACAUUGGCGACAUGUUCGCCUGGCUGCAUCAAAGUAUUCCCAACGAGAAAGAGAAUCUUACGUUGCUCUUCAAAAAGUGUGAUAAGCAUGAUAUUUCGGAGCAAAUGCAGAAGGCUCUGGGCUACAUAGCCGACGGCGUCUGUCAUCCGCUAAAGGUGCGCGUGGAGACCAUAUUGAGUUCGGAGCGGGACACCAUCAUACUGUUUACCAUCUCGAAUCUGUUGCGUUUCUAUCAGCAGAUUAUGAAGCAGGUCGUCCAGGGCGGCAGUCUGGAGCAGUGUCUCAUUGAGCUGCAGCUGAGCAGCGAGCAAAUCUAUCUGAAUGCUCUCGCUGCCCAGGUGCGCAGUGUGCUGCAGCGUCCGGCGGGCACAAGUCUGGCAUUGGAGCCACCACAGCGGGAUUUGGUGCCACCGCCGAGUGUUGCACGUCUGCUAAACAUCUUAAAGGAGAUCCUCUCUGUGGCAACGAUGGUGGAUGGCCGUCAGGCGGAUAUCACCAAGAUAGUGACCUGUGUGAUUGAUCCGCUGCUGCAGUCGGUGCAGGAGAGUGCCGCCCACUUGCCCACCGUGGACAUGGCUGUCUAUUUGCUCAACUGUCUCUAUCACAUGCAGAGCACCUUGGCGGUCUUUGAGUAUAUGGAUGAGCGGGUGGAGCGACUGCAGGCACAGUCGGAUGCACAGCUGGACACGCUGACCUCCGAGCAGGCCUCCUCCUUGGUGGCCAAUCUCAAUCUGGGUCCCAUCUACACAAUACUGCAAAGCAAUCAAACGAAAAUUGAAACGAAUCUAUUAAAGAUCUUCAUGUCCAAGAUGGAUGCAUUCCUGGAACUACCCGAUGUGCUGCUGCUGCCACAGGUGCAGCUAAUCAUGUCCAGCGCUCAUCGCGGCACCGUCCAACGUCGCGCCUUUAAUGUGAUUGUGGCCAUCUACAAACAGAUCUACGAACGGGUUCACGAUCCCGCCAAUGGAUUCGAGCAGCCGGAUGCUCUGCUCCACAAGACGCCCGACCAGGUUGCUCACAUCCUGGCCACCUAAUCCACUCUGGACAACAACCUUUUAUGUGCAUUAUUCUAAAAAGAAAAAUAAGUAAAUAAAAAUAUAUAUCUAAUUUAUGUAGUGAGCAAUG